GGAACCUUAAGACUAGGACUGACGCAAUGACCUCUUGCGGUGCUUUCUCUCACGGAUUAUUUGGUGCCUUUUAAAUAAAGCUUAAUCUUGGGUGUUUCUCUAUAUAAAAUUCAAAGGGGCGGGGAUUUCUAAGGCUGUGGGUUAUUCUUGUAAUAUUUUACUUGAUUACCUCUUACUUCCUCUUUUUCCCCACUUAGCAUUACCUAGGUAGCUAUGAUGGGCGACGGUGCCGAUCACUCGCAAGGCGCGAAUGAAAACCAAUAUGAUGAUGAUAGGUUUUCUAGCGCGGAUGACGAUGAUAAUGACGCAGUUGAGGUUACUUUUGACGAGGGUAAUCCUUACCGGAGGAAAAGCUCCAUGGCGACGUCAAGGUCAAGGCUAUCGGCAACCCAGUGCUUAGUACAUCAGUUUCUUGAGGGCCAUAGGUAUGAUGAUAAGCCCAAAAGUGUAAAUCGAAAUCACGAUAAGCAUAAACACGAAGAGACCACUGGCGAGGUUGAACUUGAUGAGUAUGUCGAACCAAAAGGGAAGACUGCUGCUAGCCAACCUGAGCAUGCAUCCGCGACAGAAGCAGACAGUGAUGUCAGCAAUGAUAUAGGACAAGUUGAUGAGAUAGCAUGGAGGAAAGCUGUCAAACAAAGCAAAGCUGGCAAACAAGGCAAAGCUAAAGCUGGCUUAGAUUACCAUCAGAGCCUCAACAGUCGACUACUUACAAAGAAACAGCUGACAGAUAUGGCCUGGGGAGUCCGAGAGCUUAGUAGAAGGCUGGGAAAUAUAAGGCUCAAGUUUAAGGCCAGGAGUAUAUUCCUUUUAACAAAGGCAUAUGAUCAUGAAUUAAUACCGAAGACGAGAGAGGUUGCGAAAUGGCUUCUUAGUAAAGACAGAGACGUUCGGUAUACUGUCUACGUGGAAGAAAGCUUGCGAAGCAACAACUCAUUCGAUGCGCCCGGAUUGUUACAGGAACUUCACCAAGAGUAUAUGGACGCCGGUCAGAUGGACGGCAAUACUCCAAAGGGCACGUUGGACGGUCGCUUACGUUACUGGAACGCGAGGAUGUGCAGCGUGCGACCACACACUUUUGACUUCAUUAUUACCCUGGGAGGUGAUGGAACGGUGUUAUAUGCUAGCUGUCUAUUCCAACGAAUAGUGCCACCGGUACUCAGUUUCUCGCUAGGUAGUCUCGGGUUUCUUACCAAGUUCGAUUUCAACGACUACCAGGACAUACUCUCCACAGCCUUCAGAGACGGCGUGACAGUAAGCUUACGUCUGCGGUUUGAGGGAACAAUAAUGAGAAGUCAAAAGAAGGCGGAUCAGCUGGACCAAAUUAACUAUGUGGAUGAGAAGGGGGUUCAUCACAAGCGAGAUCUUGUAGAGGAACUUGUCGGUAAGGAGCGGGACGAUGAACAUACUCACAGACCAGAUGGCACUUACGAGAUUCUCAACGAGAUCGUGAUAGAUAGAGGCCCAAAUCCAACAAUGUCCAAUACCGUAAUAUUCGGGGACGACGAACACUUCACAUCUGUGCUCGCGGACGGAGUAUGCGUCUCAACACCUACAGGCUCAACAGCCUAUAAUCUCGCAGCGGGCGGUUCACUCUGUCAUCCAGAAAACCCGGUAAUGCUCGUAACUUCGAUAUGUGCGCACACGUUAUCGUUCCGGCCUAUAAUCUUGCCAGAUACGAUCGUGCUGCGUAUUGGGGUGCCGUACGAUGCGCGCACUAACAGCUGGGCUAGCUUCGACGGUCGCGAACGCGUCGAACUAUUCACCGGCGACUACGUAACUAUUAGCGCCAGCCGAUUCCCUUUCGCUAGUGUCCAGCCUCAAGGGCGAAGAAGCGAAGAUUGGGUUAAGAGUAUCAGCGCGAAGCUCGGCUGGAACACGAGGCAGAAACAGAAAAAUGACGGGUAUGCACGGUGGGAUAGUCAGAAUUAGAUGGGGGUAGAGGUUGGCUUGGAGUUCACAGAGUGGAUGCUUAGAAUGGACUAGCUGAUCUUUAAAAAUGGCUUCUAGACUAGUUUAGUUUUUUGAGUUAACUAGGGGUAAUAAAGGGGUGUCUUAAUUGUGCGAACUAUCGGGUUUCAAGUCG